AUGUUCGAAGCCCCCGAGCAACCACGUUUGACAAACGAUGACUACUCCGUAGGGUGGAUCUGCGCUCUGGAAAUUGAGCUGGCGGCGUCGCAAGCAAUGUUGGAUGAAAUACACCCGAAUAUUCCCCUGGAGCCAGGGGAUAGCAACACCUACACCCUCGGCCGCAUGGGACAACAUUGUCAUGCCAAUAACUUGCUUCGCAGUUUUCAUAACAUCCGGUUCGGCUUGAUGGUCGGUGUGGGAGGGGGCGCGCCGUCGCUGCCAAAUGAUGACCCUUAUGAAGAUGUGCGUCUCGGUGACGUAGUUGUUAGUACUCCCCAGGGGGGGCAUGGUGGUGUGAUUCAGUAUGACUUUGGGAAAACCGUCAUCGAAGGUAGCUUUGUUCAGACGGGCGCGUUGAACAAGCCGCCCAGCGUGCUUCGGGCUGGCGUGUCUAAAAUAAAAGCCAACCAUAUGCGAGGAAGCCGGAAGAUGAUUUCGUAUAUCGCAAAAGGAUUGAAAUUGAACCCAGGCAUGACAGAUUUUGGUUAUCCCGGAGAGAGAUACGACCAACUUUUUGAGGCGGAUUAUGAUCACGUCAACAAGAGAUCAGGAUGCAACGAAUGUGAUCAGACACGCAGUCACCAUCGACAAUCUCGAAUGACGAACGAUCCUGUCAUCCAUUAUGGUCUCAUUGGAUCGGCAAACCAGGCCAUGCGACAUAGUUUAACUAGAGAGAAGCUGCGGCAACAGAACAAAAUCCUAUGCUUUGAAACAGAGGCGGCAGGCCUAAUGGAAAGUUUCCCGUGUAUUAUCGUCCGUGGGAUCUGUCAUUAUUCUGAUACUCAUGAGAACAAACGCUGGCAACCGUAUGCCGCGAUGACGGCUGCAGGAUACGCCAAAGAGCUUCUCUCAUGUAUACCUUCUCUUACGAUGAAAUUCACCGCGGAGGCCGCAAAGAUCAUGAGCAUGGUCCACGCGGAGCUUGCUCCUAUACAUGAAAAGUUGAAAACUCUUCAGGAUGAUAUGAUGCGUGAAAAGAUUAGGAAUAUACUUAACUGGCUUGCUCCUCCGAGUUAUGAAGCACAAUACAUCGACGCGCUGUACAAGCGACAAGAAGGCACAGGGAAAUUGUUUUUAGAUUCGCCCCAUUUUGCAGCCUGGGUUCGAGGAGACAUUCGAAUCCUCCUGUGCCCCGGAAUUCCUGGUGCUGGAAAGACAAUCAUGGCCUCAAUUGUAAUCCAUUACAUGAGGGUCAAUCCGCAGAAUAAACAACCGUUUCUACCUCAUGAGCAAUUGGAGAUUCGAGCAAGCGAGGCGGACAUAAUCGCCUAUGUGAGUGGUGAGCUAGGUUACUUCUCAGAAUGUGUUCAGAAAAGCUUGAAACUUCAAGAUAUUAUCAAGAGAACUGUUGCCAACUUUUCGGGUGGAAUGUUUCUUCUCGCAACCCUAUAUACCAAAUCCCUCAGGAGCAAAAGAACUGAAGGUUAUAUUGACGACGCCCUGAAAUUCCUCUCACAAGAACAGAAAAACGUCGUGCAGACGAUUAACCGAGUUCAGAUCGAGCGUAUUGAGCGACAGAGUGAAGACGACCGGGAAUGGGCCCGGCGUCUUCUAACCUGGGUUUACCAUGCGAAACGGACACUCUCGCCGACGGAGUUGCAGCAUGCUUUGGCAAUACAGAUUGAUUCAAGAGAAUUUCAAAGGAAAUACCUACCGCCAAUUGAAGAGCUCGUCUCGCUUUGUGCAGGCCUUGUUUCAUUCGAUAAGAAAAGUGAUCAUGUUCAAUUUGCUUAUUGGACGGCUUUGCGGUACUUCGAUAGUGACGAGCUCCCUGGCUGGGUUCAUACAGCGCCGGCGGAGAUAUCCCGAACGUGUCUAACGUAUUUAGCGUUUGAUGUAUUCGCCGCAGGACGCGCCCCGAAUGACCAAGCAUUCGAGCAAAGAAUGGAAGAAAAUUCCGAUAUUCAGAAUGUCGCGGGCUUGUUCCUUCAGAAUGAGACAUUGGUCAAUUGUGCGAGUCAAGUAAUCUUUGCGGGGCCACGAGACCAAGAAGGAUACAGUCAACGAACUCUUCAAACAACUGGUAUCCAUCUCACAGCUUGGUUUGGACUUGAAUUGCUCAUGUCAGACCUUCUCGUAACUGAUCCGCGAAGGGCCAACUUGCUCGACCCAUAUGACCAGGCACCCUUGCACUUGUCGUCUCGUCGAGGAUUUGUGGAGACGGUAGAGUUAUUGCUUCGUCACGACGUCGAUAUCAACGCAAGAGACAAAGAUGGAAGAACUGCGUUACAUGAGGCGAGUGAAAUGGGACACAGUACAGUGGUGCAGAUCCUCUUAGAAAACAAGGCAGAUGCAAGUGUGAAGGAUCGAUGUGGAUGGACGGCAUUGCGCAAAGCCUCGAGUCACGGGCACGAUGAGGUAACCCGUCAGCUGACAUCUUACAAUUAA